AUGCCGCCUGUUGAAUUACCAACAAAUACUGGUGAUAAUACCAGUAAUCAACCAACACCUAUUACACCUGUUCCGGCUGCAUUUGUUCCACCAUCAGUCAGAGCUAAAAUUGGUAUUAUUUAUCCACCACCAGAAGUGCGAAAUAUUGUUGAUAAAACAGCUAGUUUUGUUGCACGAAAUGGACCAAGUUUUGAGAGUAAAGUUAAAGAAGCUGAAGCAAAUAAUGCAAAAUUUAAUUUUUUAAAUCCACAUGAUCCUUAUCAUGCAUAUUAUUUACAUAAAGUUAAAGAAUUUAUGGAAGGUAAAGCAGCUAUGCCAAGUACAACUGAACAACAAAUAGUUGCACCUACACCAUCCAUGCAAACUACUUCUAAUAAAGUUCAAACAAAAGUUCAAAGUGAGAUAUCAAAAUUUCUUGAACCAAUUAUAAUUAAAGAUCCACCAAGCGAAUAUGAAUUUAUGAUUGAACCACCAUCAAUAUCAGCUUAUGAUCUUGAUAUUGUUAAGUUAACAGCUCAAUUUGUUGCUCGUAAUGGUCGUCAAUUUUUAACAUCAUUAAUGUCAAAAGAAGCUCGUAAUCCUCAAUUUGAUUUUCUUAAACCUGCACAUGGUUUAUUUAAUUAUUUUACAAAACUUGUUGAACAGUAUACAAGAAUUUUAAUACCAUCAAAAGAACUUUUAACAAAAUUAUCUAAUGAUAUUGAAAAUCAACAAAAAAUUAUGGAUGAAGUUAAUUAUCGUGUUGAAUGGGUUAAACAUCAAUUACGUGAACGUGCAAAAGAAGAAGAAGCUGUUGAAAAAGAACGAGCUGCUUAUUCACAAAUCGAUUGGCAUGAUUUUGUUGUUGUGGAAACUGUUGAUUAUCAACCACAAGAACAAGGCAAUUUUCCGCCUCCAACAACACCAGAAAUGGUUGGUGCACGAAUGCUUCUUCAAGAACGUUUCGAUCGAAAUAAUUUUCAACAUAUAACAUCAACAACAAUGAUUAAUAUGUCUGAUCUUUCGGCAGAAAUGGAUAUGGGAUCACCACCUCAUUCACCACCAUCAGCUAUGACUUCAACUGUUAAUAUGCAAGAAAUGGAUAUGGAACAAGAUGAUGAAGAUAUGAAUGUACCACCACCUCCACAAAUACCUCAACCACCAUUAAUGCCUCGUGGUGCUCCACCUCCACCUGUUAUGAUAUCUCGUAUUCCAACUAGUCAACCUCCAUUACCACCACCAUUACCUCCUAGUUUACCAACAACUGCUUUACCACCAGCUAUACCUACAGAUAAAUUACCAACACCAUUAAAACCACAAGAUGUUAUUAUUAAAGCAUAUAAUCCAAAAGAAAAAAUGUUAACAAUAAAUCAAGGUGAACAAUAUUUAAUAUCACCAAUUACAAAGGAAAAAAUUCCAGUUAAUAGUAUAUCAUCGCAUACGAAAUUUGCUUUACUUGAUCCAGCAUGGAUUCAACGACGAGAAAAAGAAGUUGCUGAACAACAAGAAAAAGAACAAGUGUAUGAACCAGGUUCUCAUGUUGAACUUGAAUUAAAAAAGUUUGCAGAACGUCGUACAGAUAUUUUUGGUAUGGGUUCACAAGAAACAAUUAUUGGUCGAAAAAUUGGUGAAGAAGAACGACGUCCUGAUGAUAAAGUUCAAUGGGAUGGUCAUACAGCAACAGCUGAAAAAACAUCGAAAAAAGCAUUGGCUAAUAUAACAAUAGAAGAUCAAAUAAAUGCUAUUCAUCGUAGUCAAGGUUUAAUUGAUGAUGAUGCUUCAGCAGCUAAUCGUAUUGGUCCAUCAAUACCAAAACCAACUACGACAACAACAUAUUCAUCAACAGCUAAAACAAUUCAAAAACCACCACAACUUUCAACAUUAGUAUCAAAACCUAUUGUUCCUAUGGCUGCACCACCUCAACGAACACUUGUUGCUACACCAAUUAUGCCACGUCCUGGUAUUCAACCAGUUACUAUUCUUCCUCAAGCAACUCAUACAAUGGUUGCUAUGCCACCAAUGGUAGCUGUCGCACCACAACCACCAUUACAUCCACCACCAUUACCAGAAGAACCAGCUGCAAAAAGAUCGAAAACUGAAGAUCAACUUAUACCUGAAGAAGAAUUUUAUAAAACAUUUGGACGCGGUCAAGUUACUAUUACAGUUCAAUUACCAAUUGUACCAGAAAAACCAGAAUGGAAUCUUAAUGGUCAAGCUAUACCAUUAACAUUACCAAUAACUGAUCCUAUUUCUGUUAUUAAAGCUAAAUUAUCCGAUUUACUUGGUGGUAUGCCUGCUGGAAAACAAAAACUUGUUUAUAAUGAUAUGUUUGUUAAAGAUUCAAAUUCACUUGGAUUUUAUAAUAUGAUGAAAGGUUCAGUUGUAUAUUUACAAUUAAAAGAACGUGGUGGAAGAAAAAAAUAA